UUGAGAUAUUGGAAAAGGGAAUCUAGCUAUAUGGAAUGCUAGCCAGUAUAUAACGACUUAAGCUUCAAACGAGAGAGAACCAACUUCUAAAGAAGUUAGUACUUAGCCAAGAGCACACACAAUUUCUGCGGCAAAUCCUCGAAGCUAGUUCAAACUAGUGGGAGGUUUGUCUGCUCCUCUAAGCUAAGCGCUUUCAUCAAAAAUCAACUACCAAAAGAUCACAUAAUAUUACGUACGGCCAAAUUAUAUACAUAUAUAUUUUUUGUUCUUGAAUAUAUAUAUAUAUAAUACAUCAAAAUGGCUCGUGGAAAAGUUCAGCUGAGAAGAAUAGAGAACCCUGUUCACAGGCAGGUUACUUUUUGCAAGCGCCGAGCUGGGCUCCUCAAGAAGGCGAAAGAGCUCUCUGUGCUAUGUGAUGCUGAGAUUGGACUUGUCAUCUUCUCCGCCCAUGGCAAGCUCUACGACCUCGCCACCAAAGGAACCAUGCAAGGGCUUAUAGAGAAGUACAUGAAGUCGAGCAGGGGAUCUCUGGAGGCUCAGGCUGAUCAGCAACAGCCCAUAUUACAGACGCAGUAUGAUCAGCUGGAUGCCAAAAAUGAGAUAAGCAUGCUGAAACAAGAGAUUGAAAUUCUGCAAAAAGGUCUCAGGUAUAUGUUUGGAGGUGGAGCAGGAACAAUGAGUCUUGAUGAACUUCAAAUUCUUGAAAAGAAUCUUGAAUUGUGGAUUUAUCAUAUACGCUCUGCAAAGAUGGACAUCAUGUCUCAAGAGAUCCAACUGUUAAAAAAUAAGGAAGGAAUACUGAAAGCUGCAAAUAAGUAUCUCCAAGAUAAGAUAGAAGAGAACACUGCAACUGAUCUUGAUUUUCUACCAAUGACGACUAACAAUCCAUAUCCAUUAACCAUAUUACAGAACGAGAUAUUUCAGUUCUAGAACAGGCUAUAUAUAGGUCUUUGAUGUUGUUAGAAAAGUACUAUAUAUAUAUAUAUUUAUAGUAUUGAUGUUGUGUAAUAUUCUGCUGUUUAAUAGGCGUGUUUGCUAAAUUGAAAACAAUUAAGGUAUGCUUUGGAUUAUCAAAGUGGGCGUAGCCAUUUGUAUCAAUAAUAAUCCAGUACUCCAUAGGUUGCUGACAUUAUGAAUAAGAACGGCAUUUUAUAUAUGCUGUUUUAUUACUACUGUUUAAUAAUAUUCUAUAUUUGGGUUUAUAUAUAA